UAGAGAUGGCAAACCUGAGUCUGGUGCUAGUAUGCGCUUUAUUGUAUGUUGGGGCUGUAACCUGUCUGAUUAAAAGCAAGUUGUGUUAUUACAAAAAUGUCAAAGAUGCUCGUUUUAACUACGAUGGAGGUCACUGUGAAGGACCAAAAAAUUGGUGCACUAUAACCGAUUGCUGGACAACUUGUGGCUCAAAACUGCGGCAGUCUCCAAUUAACAUAAACACAAGAAAGGCCUUGCCUAUCUAUGGUCGGAAGAACUUUGUUCUAGAAAAUAUUCACAGAAGAGUAUCAGCCACUAUCUUCAAUAACGGGCAUGCCCCUGGUUUUAAUGUCGCUGUGGACAAAAAUAAUAAGAAAAACAUUAUUCUGACAAAAGUUCCAAGGAAACCCUCUAACGAGAAAUAUAUUUUCGCUCAACUUCACGUGCAUGUCGGUCAGAAGGACAAGGGCUCAGAGCAUUCCAUAGACGGAAAGUUUUAUCCCAUGGAGGCUCAUAUGGUAUUUUACAACAGUAAAUAUGACAACAUUGCAAAGGCUAAACCUGCCGAGGAUGGCUUGGUGGUCAUCGGGGUGAUGUUGAAGGCCAAAAGGAAGGAUGGAGACGAAGAUGACGAAUAUGACGAUGACGGCGAGAGACAAAGGGGAAAACGUGAGUGCGGGCGUUGCAAAGUGAGAUUUGCUAGAAGACUGAGUUUCAUAAUGGAGAGAUAUUACAAAAAGGUCAGAGAGCCUAAAUCCUCGCGUUCCCCAGAGCCGCAACACACUGUUCCCAAGGACUUGAAAUGUGGAAAACCGCAAAGCCAAAAAACUAUCGAAAACAAAUGUAUUAAGAAAGGAAGCGAAAACAGCGACGCUGUCAGUGUGUCUUAUGGGAUCUCUCCGCAAGAUGUCCUUCCUGAUGACAAGAGAUUCUACACAUAUCUAGGAUCUUUAACCACGCCCCCAUGUUACGAAACAGUCCAGUGGAUAGUUUUCAAAUGCCCAAUCGUGGUGUCUCGCGGAGCAUUUGAGGCAUUGCGAAAGGUCAAAGACUCCCACGGGAGACCACUGUCUGCUCUAGGGAUACGGAGACCAAUACAGCCGGGAAAUAUAAAGCAGAAAGUGUUUAAAAACUUCUGAAGACAUGGUAAACCGUAUGAAAACAAUAGAUAACGCCAUUACUGAGAAAACGAUUGUACAUUUCGUGAUUAUUAAAAUAGUACCAGUUUA